AUGAAAACAGAACCAAGCUGCGCGGAAACGGCGGCAGCGCGCCAGCAGGUGAUGGAUCUGCUCCGGAAAGCGGGAGAGCAUUUCUUGGAAAAGCGAGACGAAACCAAAUACGUUGAAUUGGAGACAGAAAACGCGAAGACAAGCGGAGGAAAACCGGAGGACGAACUCCGCUUUUGUGGGAGAACCCAAAUGUCCAACAGCGGUGGCGCUGGAGCUCUUUGCGCAACGGAGCCAACCAAUGAGGUGGAAACGAACGAAGAUAAACGUGGAGGAGACACCAAGAACAACGUUCCUCAUCCAUCCUCGUCAUCUUUUCCUCCUUGCGUGAAAAAGCCUGAAGAUUGCCUCAAACUGGGAGAUAGGAAUGCGCGCUCCACGACGCAUCCGGACGUCUCCAAAAGAGAUGAGGAUAAAAACUCGCAAGCAGAGAAUUUACAGGAUGGAGGUAAUUAUCUGAGCAGGGGAAGUGAGUCAGAUGAUUACGAGGAAGAGGAUGUUGUCAGUUUGGUGCUUUCUGAUGACUCAGGCCCGUGCGUAACGGAGGACGAGUCCCAUUACAUUACCACGCACGAGAUUCAGCUGUCCGAGCUCUCUGACCAUGAGGGGGACUACGACCUCGGGGUCGCCUCCUCCUCUACCAGCUGGGAUCUCGAGGAUGACCACCAGGCAUACUCAUUUGUUGAUUAUGCGUUUGAGAGUGAUGGAGCGGGGGAGAGGGGGGACGACCGGCCGCCUCCUGACACUCAGGGCGCAGCAGCAGCAGUCAGCACUCUGCAUGAAAGUGAUCCGGCCAAGUUCACCAGCUCAGAUGAGAGCGCGUCAAAGUCCCAGCUGGAGCAGCAGUGUGGUGGCAACAGCGGGGGACAGAUCCACCUGUCAAUCAGAACCACUUCCAGAGCUAUAAAUGGCCCUAGCAACAUUCAAGAACAGGAAAAUAUUCUUUAUCAUGCCAGGCGCUCCGGAGACAUGAGCCGCUAUGUGUUUAGAGGAGUUGAUGGGAAGGCAGAGACAUUGUGUGACACGGCGAAGUGCUUCAUAGCCGCGCCCGGACGCUUGCACUUUGGCGGCAAAUUCAGGGGAAAGGAGGUCACCGAGUAUUCCAGUGGUACGUCCAGCGCUGUCAGCGAACUGGACGACGCUGACAAGGAGGUGCGCAACCUGACAGCCAGAGCCUUCAAGAGCCUGGCUUAUCCUUACUUUGAUGCCAUCAAUUUCAGCACCUCCAGUGAGUCCUCAGCCUCAGAGCAUGGCAUAGGCAUUAACAGGUGGUCCACGUUUGUAGACCUGAAGUAUGGGAAAGUGAAUAUGUCACAGGGAUUAGACCAAAGUCUUGUUUCCUGUCAAAACUCAUUUGAAAUAGCGAAAAACAUAGACAAAAGAGGUUAUAAAGGAGUUGCACUGGCAAGCAUCAAACCGCCCACCAGCAAGAUCUUCACUCUGAAUGGCAACCCAAACAAAAUACAGCUGAUGGGGCAGUUUGGUCAAGGCCCCAGUGGGGUGAUCAGGCUCACUGAGACACUUAAUUUUCGUUGCAAUGUCAAUUCGGGUACGUCUGGGAGAGAAAGAGGCACUAACUUUACACAAAACGCUGGGGGAUCACGUUCCAGAGAUGAAGUUACCAACAGUUUUCUAAGCAGCCAGAGGAGAGGGGUCAGCGAGUCGCCCUUUAAAACCAUGGAAGGCACGCACAAGAAAGCCAUAUUCGCCUCGAGCCUGAUCAAAAAUGUCAUUUCCAAGAAAAUGCAGUUUGAACAGGAGCGCAAGAUGGAGAGAGGGGAGAUCAUUGAGCCACAUCGGACGUCUUCCUCGUGCUUUACGCACCAGGAGAGCGACGCGCACAGAGCGAAGGGCAGCAGAGAGCUGCAGAGGCAGAGCUCCAGGUUUUCUGAGAGUAGCUCGGACUACGCUAUAAUGUGCGUGGAUGAAUUAGGGGACAUCGUGGACAGCGGCUCGUGUGAUACCAAGAGCGACUCCCGGAGACGAGACGCGAGCGUUCCCGCACCAGAAACUAAUUUACAGCCGGUGAAUGAAGGUGGAAUCGAUACUAAAAAAGGCGCAUUGGACGCGUCCAAAAGCACGCUGCUUCGGAGCCAAAAUAGCGCGUUCAGAUGUUGGAGGGACGAGGAUCUAGGGUUUCAAAAGGAUCAUAAAAACGAUAGAACUCUGGAGGACAAGCUGCUCUCAGCUCAUGACAAAGAGGGAGAGGGGGAUCAGUACUCAGCAGCCAGCAGCAAACUGACUAAAAUGUCUCAUUUGUUUGUGCCAAGUAUCCAACUGCUGUCCAGCGACGGAGAAAUCGGUCAACAGCUGCAGCGCACAGAUUAUUCCCAAUCUAGAGACGAGAGCGGGAUCAAACUGCGCUCUGACAACGCUUUAUACAUCACAGACUCCAGGCGUUUGGCAACAUCGAAAUCUCCGGAAAUCAAAAUAAACCUGAGGAGCGUUAGAGACUAUAAAACUGAACCUGUCGGUGUCUCCAAACUGCGCUCUCCUAAUUUGCGCCCUAGCGCUCCCAGCUGUAUCAGAACAGAUGACUUCAAAUGCCAAGCGCUGGCUGCGGCCUUAAAGGGUGAGUCUUCGGAUAAAGUCCCGCACUUCAUGGUUAGAGACAUCAGAGAUAAUAAAGGGAAACUGCAAACGCCGAUUCACCAAGUUAGAGAUGUGCGCAAGUUAGUUAAAAGUUCAUAUCACUUUGUUUCUUUGGAUAACAACGAAAACAAUUCCAACGUUGUCUCAGCUGACCGCCAUCCAGAGCAAAAGAAACAAAUGCACUACAGGAAUCCUAAUUCUGUCUCCCCCAUAGUGAUAAAAUGUCAAUCUGUGAACACUAACAAUGCUGGGAAAGAGUGUGAAAACCUGGAUUUAAUCAAACAGGAGCCGUUUGACGCAGACAAGUCGUCUCCAGAGGGCGCCAGACUGGCUCCUUCUCAGAGGGGAACAGGGAGAGCCCCGUUAGUUCUGUCCAACAGUCCCUCUGAGGGAAGCAGUGGGGUGGGAACUGAAAGCAAAACAGACUCUAAGAAGCAGGAUAAAGUAUCAGAUCUGACAGAAAAGAAGCCUGAAUCAAAGAUAACAAACCAAGUGGCUCUGGAGAAGCUCCAGGCUGCUGUGAAAACUAUGGAGCAGCUUUAUGUGUUUGAGAAAAAUGAGUGGAAAAGGAAGCGUGAGCCCCGGCCCCUAGUGGACAGCCACGUGCUGUCGCUGAUCUCCAGCGAGGAGCAGGGAGGGUCCGAGGAGGAAGAAGCGAGAGGGUCCAACAUGGACAAGGUGGUUAGAAGAGACUCCUACCCAAACACAGACAAGACGCCACCAGCGAUAGCAGCUUCUCCCGGCACGGAGAGCUUGCUGAGGCGGGAAGACAGAGAGCUGCUAAAGGCCCUGCAGGUUUCCAGCAGCCGUGAUGACAGGCUUCCUGCCAAGUCCAUGCAGGCCUUCAACACCACAGGAAGCAAAAACACCUCCAAACCCUCACCAGCUGCAAAUAUCCGCCAGCAGAACAGCGUCACACAGAUGCCUCUCAGCAGCAAAAACUUUGUCCCCAAGUCUCCAAAGCUGCCGGUGUCUCUGAAAAUCAGCCAGACCAGGUUAAACGGAAACGGAGGGGCUGAAUUUAAAGAUGUGGACAGAUCUGAGCAUCAGUUCUCCAGGUCAUCAGCUGACAACGAGAACUACCUAACCAUUCCGGUUAAAUCACACCCCAGCAACUGCAAACAGCCUCCAGCUGCUGAGAAAACAUCUGUGUACAUGUUCACCACCCAGUCAGACCCAAACUCUCCUCCUGGACAUGAUGGGUCUGGCAUCAGGGUCCAGGAGGACCAGAACCAGACAAAACGCUCCAGCAUUGUGAUGGAGACCCGUUCUCCAGAGAUUCCCUCUGCUACCAUCUAUCACUCCUUACCACUGGGGCUGCACACCAGUCAGCCACAGGUGUACUGCUUUUCCCCAGCGAUGACUCCAGCUCCCACUCUGGACCCCUUCCAGGCCACCCAGAGGAAGAUGCUCUUGGAUCCGACCACUGGAAACUACUACCUGGUGGACACUCCAGUGCAGCCAGCUACUAAACGCCUCUUUGACCCAGAGACAGGUCAAUAUGUUGACGUCCCCAUGCCGCAGCCCCCCAUGACCCCCGUACCCAUGCCCAUGUCACCGCUGGCCCUCAGCCCCGGAGCAUACGGUCACACCUACAUGAUCUACCCAGGCUUCAUGCCCACACCUUCAGUGAUACCUGCCCGGACGCUGGUGCAGUCUCAGGUGUUGUUGGAUGCAGAUGGUGGUGAGAAGGCUUCUUCUCAGCAGACUGAGGGAAUGUACAUGGAGACCCCCUUCUACAUGGCCACCGGAAAAUCUCCCCAGGCUGCUCCAGGUCCUCAGCAGCAGUUUGGCAUCAGCAGGCAGACACACGGCUUUUCCGGCAUCAAGCAGCCGGUCAUCAGCAUCACUUCCCAGCAAGGGCCCCGGAUCGUCGCCCCACCCUCAUUCGAUGGGACCACCAUGAGCUUCGUGGUAGAGCACAGAUGAAGGCCGGCGAACAUUUGGACAGGUGAGUUUUGAGAAGAUCCUGGACUGCUUUGAGUUUCCGCCCCCUCGUCUUCACUGUUUUUCAUAUUUGUUCAUUUGGAUGGUGAAUUUAAUGGUUCAGGUAUUUGUAUGAAAGAGCUGCUUCACAUAUUUGAGUUUGUGCAAUAAUACAUUUCUACUUUUGUCACUGGAAUGUAAAAAAUAUUAAUUGAAUUUAAAUGGAGAAAACUUUAGCCAUAACUGGUGAUUACAAUUAGAAAUGCAAAUAUUUCUUACCCAAAUGAUGUUGUUAUUAUGUCUUAAUGUUUGCACAAAUAUAGCAAAUUAUUCGUACAACUAAAGAGUUUAUUACCAUUUCUGUUGUUAUUGCUUUAAAGUAGACAAAAGUCAGUGUUGACAGCAUUUGAUUUAUAUGAAUGAAAACAUUAAAAUCAUACCAUCAACAUUUUAAAUGAAUUAACUCUGAAAUGUAAAACGUAUAAUAAGAUUUUGUAGUGUACCAUUUUUUUCUACUUUUAUCAUCAAAUCUCUCUGUCAA